AUGUCCUGCGCAGCGUCGCAACUCGAUGCAGCUGCGAUGUUACUUUUCCAAUUCACAAUGGCACUGUUCGCUUCAAUAGCUUUUCCACUGCUAGUCAGGCGAGUUUCACUACCGUCAUCGAUUGAGAAUGAAAUCGAUCUCAAUCUUUCCUUCAACACUUGCACUCAGGAUUUGCAUGGAGUAUGCUCAUUUCCGUCAGCUGCAGUGGACUAUGAGAGGGGUUCGCUGUUCUCGCCUGCAGUGGUGUAUCAACUAUCAAACGUGCUAGUCUUUUACGAUGGCAAUGAGCAACUCAAGAAUUACUCAAAAGCAUCUUACUUGAAGUCGCCAAGUCUUCUCACUAAGGUUGGACAGCUUUGUUCCAUUCUUCUCAUGAUUGGCACGCCGAACGCCGCCGAUGGUACAGCCGCAAAUCUACCCUCCACAGCCAGCAGUAGUGCAAUUGGAUCAUCAGUGUCGACGUCGUCGGGAGGAGCGGCGUCCAUAGGCGCGAAGCACUUGUCCGCUAGCGUCUCCGCUCUGAGUACGUUACCCGAUCAACGACAUAAGAUGACCAAAAGCCCCAGUGAUGAAUCACUACGAUCACAUACAUCUUCAUCAGGUGGUAGCAAUGGUGGUCAUAACUCCAAUAGUACUGGAAAUAACUCGUCCGGAGGCGGAAACAAGGGCUUCCGACCGGAAGACGCCAUCCAAACAUUUGGAGCCAAGUUAUUACCGUAUGAACAAAGCGAAAUUUUCAACUACGUCCGCGUUUUCUUCGUUGGUUCACAAGCGAAAAAACGUGGUGGCGUUAUUGGAGGACCCAAUAACUGCGGGUACGAUGAUGAAAAUGGAAGUUAUCAAUUGGUAGCUCACGAUCAUAUAGCAUAUCGAUAUGAAAUCCUCAAAGUCAUUGGGAAGGGCUCAUUUGGCCAGGUCAUAAAAGCGUACGAUCACAAAUACCAACAAUAUGUGGCGUUGAAACUGGUACGCAAUGAGAAACGUUUUCAUCGACAAGCCGAUGAAGAGAUUAGGAUUUUGGAUCAUUUGCGUCGCCAGGAUACAGAUGGAUCGCAUAACAUCAUACAUAUGUUAGAUUACUUCAAUUUCCGAAACCACAAAUGCAUCACUUUUGAGCUGCUUAACAUCAACUUGUACGAGCUUAUCAAAAAGAACAAAUUCCAAGGAUUCAGCCUGAUGUUGGUACGUAAAUUUGCGUACUCCAUGCUCUUGUGUCUGGAUUUGUUGCAAAGGAAUCGAUUAAUCCAUUGUGAUUUAAAACCGGAAAAUGUUCUUUUGAAACAACAAGGACGAAGUGGUAUCAAAGUCAUCGAUUUUGGAUCAUCGUGUUUUGACGAUCAGCGCAUCUAUACCUAUAUCCAAUCACGGUUUUAUAGAGCACCAGAAGUGAUUCUUGGUUCCAAAUAUGGAAUGCCGAUCGAUAUGUGGUCUCUCGGCUGUAUUCUAGCCGAGCUCCUAACUGGAUAUCCGCUCCUCCCUGGUGAGGACGAAAAUGAUCAGCUUGCCCUAAUUAUCGAAUUGCUAGGAAUGCCACCAAACAAAGUUUUGGAAAAUGCCAAACGGGCACGCACAUUCAUAUCAUCCAAGGGAUAUCCUCGUUACUGCACCGCAUCUGUUAUGCCAGAUGGCUCCGUUGUAUUAAGUGGAGCACGAAGCAAACGAGGGAAGAUGCGCGGUCCACCAGGCAGUCGAAGUUGGAAUACUGCUCUCAAAAAUAUGGUCGAGAAAGCCACUCUAGUUAUUGCUGCUCGUUUUGGAUUUAUCCGCAGUAUACUUUACAACUGGCCAAUCACAUCAUCGCUGUUUCUGUUCCUGGUAUCUUUCUCAGGCUGUUUCUUCGCGAUACUAUUGUACUGGAGUGCAAAAAGCUUGCUUGUAAAUAAGGCUAACAAUGGUGGACCACAGUCAGAGGGAGACAAUAGUCACUUGGAUACUAUGCUUACCAGCAAGUCAUCAGCAGACUCCCUGACAUCGGAUGAGUACAUUCCUGACAAUGUGGACGAAGUUCCGUCUUCUACAGAUCUCCUAGACAUUCCUGGCUGGGGAGUACAUUCAGAACGAACACAAAGUUAUCAUAGCGAGAGUAACCGAAUUUUGAAAAUGCAUCGCAAUCAAGCCGAGCAGUCCGUUGAUUCCGGACAACAUCCGCUAGAGAAGAACAUUCUACGCUUGUUAUGCUGUGAUGUAUGCCAGGGAACUGAAAAGAUUUCGAUGGUGUCUUCUGCUCUGUCGCUUGGAGAUUCUGCUUCGCUCCCUCCUCCAUGUCACGGAUUUUGUGGUCGUUAUAUGUUGCUAAGCGGAAAUAGCAGUAAUGCUGAAUCUUCUUGGUCGGAAUGUGGACCAUGUACUUGGGGGAGCGCUGUCGUGGAUCACCGUGUGUGCGCAACGUGCGACGCGGAGCUCUCCGCAUACGACUGGCUCUUCUUGCUUUUUAUGGCCAUUCUCCCGCUUUUAGUACAUUGCUUUUGCGUGUACUGGCAUACACCUAAGAGGACGUCUCGUGUGCACGAAUUAUGCGAACAUCUAUGCUGUGUUAUCGAAUGUCUAGCUGCGGCUAUCGCAGCUGUACUGGUAUUCCCUCCUCGACUUUCUUUCAAACUCUGGGGCUGUGCUAGGUCUAACAUAAAAGAAUGGUACCCUGAAUUGUACAAUCCUAUUAUCAACCAUGUCAAACCUAUGCGUUGCUCUUACGAAGUGGUUUUUCCUUUAUAUUCUCUGCCAUUUGUUUACCUGCUUUUUCUGUUGGGUAUGGUCUUGCUGUUUCGCACUGUCCUCUAUGUAGUGGUGUUGAAGCGGAGAAGGGAUGCUAAAGCUUAUUACUGUGCAUUACUCUCGAUACCCAAAGUUGCCAUCAUACAUGCUUUGCUGGCUGGAGUGUUAUACCAAUCUUAUCCGUAUAUAGUCAUGUUAUGGAGUCUAGGUGCAAAUGCAGUGCAUCUUGCGGUCGAAGGGAAAAUGUCAAUGAAAGAUAUAGCAAACCGUUAUUAUACUCGAUAUGAACUGACCAAUAGUCAAGAACCUGCUUCGUUCAUUUUCUCCUUGAUGAACUUCUACUCCGUAUGGAUAUUUCUCAAAUAUGUGAAAUCCACAAGAUCAAAGCUCGAGAAUCGCUUGCUUUGGAGGAUUUACGGUUCCGUUGGUCUAGUCACCUGGAUCUGUUCAGCAUUAUUUCACUCUCGCGAUUGUUGGGUCACGGAAUAUCUCGAUUAUUUCUCGGCCUUUGCAUACAUACUUAGCGCCUCUUAUGUCUCCUUUUGCUUUACACUACCAUGGAUAAAUAAUUUCUGGAAUCGGCCAGUGGUCUUUCUUACUUAUGGCGUGGUGUUGCUCCUUUGGUUCGUGAGACAUGUUUAUCAGAUGCUUCUACACUUCGAUUACGGAUAUAAUAUCUAUGCGACGGAAUUAUCAUCAACGAUUACUGCAUUCUGACCAUAUGCUGAUCUUGAUAAUCGUGUGGACGAAUGGAUCAGUGCUGCUAGAAACACUCGAUUUUGCGCCAAUAUUAUGGAUCUUUGAUGCUCAUUCAUUGUUUCACGCCGCUACUGUACCUCUGCCUUUUUACCUGAAAGCUUUUCUGAAAGCCUAUAUUAUGGAAAGAACAUAUCGACUAGAUAAGCCUGGAAUGUACGAUGAAUAAUAUAUGUAUUAUCUAUUCAGUGCUGUCACGACAUUUGCUAGUGCUAGGAGUGUAACCAUAGUUAUCAACCGGUCAAUGAUCGAGAUUUUUGAAACUUGUAAAACACACAAGUGACUUUAUCGUACUUGGGAC